AUGGUCACUCCAGUAACGGUUGCUCAAAUUGGUGGACUAAACACCCUUGGCAUUUCGAUGGCACGCCUUGAUUUUGCACCAUUUGGCCUCAACCCUCCUCAUACACACCCUCGUGGUGCCGAGAUCCUCACUGUCAUGGAAGGUGCCCUCUAUGUUGGUCUCAUUCACUUCCAGCUAAAUGUUAGAAACACACCUGCAAUGGCUAUUGCUCCACUAAGCAGUCAGAAUCCAGGAGUAAUCACCAUUGCAAAUGCAGUGUUCUGGUCAAAGCCACCUAUCUCUGUUGAUGUUCUCACCAAGGCCUUCCAGGUUGACAAAAAUAUGGUUAAUUAUCUUGAAGCUCAGUUCUAG